ACGCUUCCAAUCGGGGAGGGAAAAAAUAUACGGGGAGAGAGGAGGAGAUAUGGUAGGCGACGGAGAUGGCGGACGCGGUGGUAACAUAGCGGAGGCGAAUCGGUUACUCGUAACAUCAGAGAAGCUUCUAUCAUCUAACGACUUUCAAGGAGCAAAGGCAUCUGCGAUCCGCGCAUGCAAAUCUGACCCGACCCUAGCGGAAGCGGCGGACUCAAUCCUCACAAUCUGCGACGUUCUGAUAGCCAGCGAGAUUCGUCUAGGCGACUCAAAGUUACCUGACUGGUACGCCGCGCUGCGACUCGGUCGGUUGGCUCAGAACCCCGAACACGUCGCGACUCAGUACCGCAGGCUCGCUCUCCUCCUCAAUCCUUCGGUCAAUCGUUUUCCGCUAGCCGAUCAGGCGUUUAAGGUCGUCUCCGAUGCUUGGCACGUGCUCUCCGAUCCCUCGAGGAAGUCUCUGUACGACCGAGAGGUUCAGCUGAGUCAACUCGCCCAGCCUCAGCGGCAACUGAGUCAACUCGGCCAGUCGCAGCAGCAAUAUUUCAAAUGGAAGCCUAGCCAAAGCACCAACUUAGUAGCAGCGCAACAGCCGCCUUCUGUUACUCCGCAGCCGCGGAGCCAGGCUGGGACCUCGAGCGAUACGAGCUUCUGGACUGCUUGUCCGUACUGUUUUGUACUCUUCGAGUACGCUAAGGCUUACGAGGAAUGCGUUUUGAGGUGCCAAGAUUGUAGAAGAGCGUUCGAAGCUGUGACGAUACAGAAGCCUCCAGUGGUGGGGAAAGGAGAAGACGUUUACUUCUGCUCGUGGAGUGUAUUCCCGCUUGGGUUUUCCGGUGAGUUUAAAGCUCCGAGCUGGUCGCCUAUUUCACCUCUUAUCGCGUGCCCUCCUCUGCGAAAAGUGGAGGAUGAACCGACUAGGAGUAAGAAGAGAAAGGAACCGGCUCCUCCGAGAUUUUUCUACGACGAUGAUGACAUAUAUGUUGCUAUUUCGGAUGAUGAUCAUGAAGAAAAUGAACCUAGUGGUGAUUGUCAAGAUGAGUUACAAGCGAAGAAUGUUGGGAAAGGGAAAGAAAAAAUUGUGAGAAGUAACAAGAAACAUGGAGCAGAGAAGGCUGGGAAGGGAAUCCAACAUGUAGAGAGUGUCAGUGGUGCUGCUUCAAUUGCUACUCCUGUUGGUUCCUCAUCUAUGUCUAAACCAAUGAGUGGUAGAAAAAGAAAUGGAACUGGAGCUAAGAAUCUAGGAAGGUUGGAUUUGAAUGUGGAGUUCAGUAAUGAAGUGGAAGAGCCUGCUGUGGCAGGCGGGAGAAAUGAAGGAAAUGGGCUCGGAAGUAACAGGGAGGUGGAUAAUAUGGAAGGGAUUGGGUUCUUUGAGGACCUUGAUGAAUUCUUGAGUAGUUUGCCGAUAUUUUCUGUUGUUGGAGAUGAUAAGAUCAAGGCUACUUAGUGAAAAAGGGAAAGGUAGUAGUGGCAGAAACACAUUUGUAGCUUGUUCAUCCAAAGUUUCUGUAACCCUUAACUCCUUGGAUUCAUCGAGGAAAGAAAGAAAAAAGUAAGCAUUUUGACAAGAAUUUCUAGCUAGGA